CUCUAUGUUUGUAGUUGGUUUGCAAGUUGCAACAGCUCUGGUGUGAAAAUGAUGGCAAAUUUAGUUGUUUUGGGACACAUUUUUUGAGAAAGAUGGAUAGAGGUAGAGAGUUAUGGGAAAAAAAAAACAAUGAGGUACAAGAAAAACAGUGAAGCAAAGCAACCAAAUUCCCCUUUUUGUUUCAAAAUGUCUUGUUCUAUAGGUAAAUUUUUUCCAUUCUGUUCAAGUAAUGUACCCUGGAGUGGAUAGUGGAUACCUUGUGGCCUUUUGGGGUGGGAAAACCUGGAAGGGGUGGCCAGUGGCCUCUAGUUGGUGGGUCAUGUCCGUACGUAAAACAAAAGCAUACUUUGAAAUUAGAAUGUGAGGCCCAUUUCUUAGGACACAUGCACCUUAACUGUGCCUGCGGGCCCACAAAAAGGAAAAUAAGAAUGCCACUAGGCAGGUAAAGGUAUAGGACAGAAUAGGAGACAAACUGCAAAUAGUCCAAACCCUGUGGAAGAUUAGGGGCCUACAACAAGGUUACUUUUCUUGCACUUUUGGAAACCUUUGGCCCUUUAAUAUGUGCAUGCAGGGUAGGUUGGCACCUACAGGAAUUGAUGCUCUUGAAAUCAAAGUUGAUUUCCGCCUUCAUUCAAAGUUUAAGUCACCAAGAGCUUCUGUCAUUCUUCUAUUCAAUGCAUGAACCGACACUAGGGCUAGCCCUAAACCUUUUCUUUUUCAUAAAUAUAUCUAUCCAUAGUCAAAACAAUUGGAUCACAAAUUUUUAUUAUAACCAUCAAACUUAAGAGUCUGCAGUAAAUGCAUAUGGGUUUACAUUUCAAAAUCGUGCUGGUGGGAUUUAGGUGGGGGAUGGAUUGAGGCAAAGCAUUUUUGUCUUUGCAGCAGCUCUAUCAGAUUCAGUAAUGGUCCCUUUUAAAUCCUUAGCUGUUUAAUCUUGUUUAUUUGCCUUGCCCUUGGAAACUAAACUGUCUUAUAUGCACAAGAUGCUAAGUUUUCACUGAUAUAGUAGUAGCAUUAUCUUUACCUAAAAAUAAGAUUUCACUUUUCUAAUUAUUGACUGUCUUUGUCUGUCUGUCAUGGGAUGGAAUCUUACUUUCUAGAUUGCCAAGUGGUUAACAUUUCAAUCAUCUCUUAGCCAAAUUCAUCAUUGGGUCCCAUGAAAAUCAGAACAUUAUAACACAAAGCUGGCUCAUCUUUAAACUGAUGAGAAGAUAUUUGCAAUGAUGUUUAUGAACUAGGAUGGCUUGAAUGAGUCAGAUGCCAUAUCCAAAUAUGUAAAUUCCAAGCCAGCUGCAUUGGCAUUUGACCCCCCACCCCCAGCCAACAUACCUCUUUGUCUGUUUCACUUUUAAUGGGGCGUGAAUGGAAUUACUUCCCCACAAACAUGCAAAUGUUCUCAAAACACUCAUAUAAACAUAAAAAUGAUCAGUUGUGAAGUGGGACUCUGGGUGUUUGGUGAUUCAAAGCAAGGGCAGUUGCUCGUGGUUAAGGUGUUUAUAGUGAUCAUAUGCAUGGGAUUCCAAAGAUAAUUGUAAACUUAGCAACGUGGUCUUGCCUUCAAAACAGGCUGUCCAAAGGGCAAGGGGCCCCAGGAUUAGAGGGUGCAAUGCUUUUAGUAACAAUCCGAGUUCCAAUGGUGAUGUCUGCUGAUUUUUCCCAUUAAGCUCCUUUGGUUUAGCUUAAUAUUAGAUGUUCUUACUAAUUUUAGUUGGUGAAAGGACAUUGAAAUUGCUUGAUCCUUUUGCCAUAUUUGAUGAUACCCUACUCCUAAACAAGGACAGAAAAAUUCAACUUCAUAUUUCGCAUAUGAUUUCCUUAUGAUGACUAUUGAAUAUUACUUGUAAGAUUGACGAACAUCUUCACUCAAACCUGUUGGAAUAUUUGAUCAAGACUCUUCUAAAUUUGUGUACAAUUUUCUUAUAAUAGAUCUCAUAUAUGCAGUAGGAGUUUGCAUGAGAAAUAAAUGAAAGAUUAUAGUGGUAUUGUAUAACAUUGGCCCUAGGCCGGAGAGCUAAAACUAGAGGCCAUUUUCAGUCCCAAAAAGAGUACAAAACCAGAGCCAAAUCUGUUACACUCACACCAGAAGAGGACACAUCCAAAAAAAAAAAAACCCCAUGUGAUGGCAUUUUUAUAGGUAUACCAAAACUCCAAGGUCAUUUACAAUCAUUCCCAGCAGCAAAAACUGCACAAAUAAACUACUUUUAAGUUUUACAGUAUUCUCUCUCCAUCUCUGCAUUUCUUAAGCAAUCUUUCUCUGGUUUCAUGUGACAUAUCCCUUCUUAGCUUUGUCCUUCUCCAACAAAAACAAAGACCUCCAUAUUAAUUCACCUCUCUCUCUCUCUCUCUCUCUUUCUCUUAAUUGCCUUAUCAGUUAUCAUUGAUUGCUUCUCUCUUUUGUACGGCACUUUUCAACCACCACCUUCCAUUUAUUGCAGCCAAGCCAGCAGGCCAGGCAGAAGCAGUCAACUUCUAUUUAAUAUCUUACUUGCUUAAAUGAUACAAGUUACAAUUACGGAAGCUUAGCCAAAGUAUAUUAAAAUUAUCACUUGCAUUUCUAUCUUCAGGUAACCUUUUUUUAACCUUGUUUUGGUUUCUGGGUUGUUGUUUAUUUUCCUAGAAAGUAGCUAGAGAGAAAGACAUGUUCAUUGGAUCAUGAAAGUUGCUUGUUUGUUAAUGUUCUCUUUGUUUCUCUCCAUUGGGUUUCUUUCUUUUUUAACUGAAGUUAGUUAAAGUGUUGAACUUUUUCUUGGGAAAAACACCAUUUUUGAUGUUCCCAAGUAAGAUUUUUUCUUUCUUUUUUUCCUCCAGCAUUUCAGCUUUUUAUGCUUUUGAGUGUCCUCUUGGAUUUGUACAAGUGUGAAUUACCGUCAAGAGACUUGUCUUAGCACAUGACUAGGAUUUGCAGUUCUCUACUCCAGUGAAAUUUCUCUUCUUGGGUUACGUUGUAAUUAAAGGUUCAACCUUCAGGGCUUAUAUUCACCUCUUAAGACAUCUGGCUUCACAAUCUUGUUCAAUGGGAUACUUUAACAUGUUUGUUCUAGUAUUGUUUUCAUGGAGUUGCUUUAUCCAAACUACUCAUGGAUUGCAAACUUAUCAAAUCCAACUUCUGCUGCAAAUAAGGAAGCAUUUAGAGUAUCCUUCACAGCUGCAAGCUCUGGAUAAUUACUAUGGGGACCUCUGUAACUUGUCUGCGACAGCACAUGUGAUGAUAUCUUGCCAGGAUAAUUUUGUCACUGAGCUUAAGAUUAGGGGAGAUAAGCUUGCCAAUAUUAGUGGGUUCAAUGGAUAUGCAAUUCCUAAUAAAACAUUGUCUGAGACUUUCUCCAUUGAUUCUUUGGUUAUCACAUUGACAAGGUUAACCAGUUUAAGGGUGCUUAGCUUAGUGUCUCUUGGAAUUUGGGGGCCACUUCCUGAUAAGAUUCAUAGGCUAUAUUCUCUAGAACUUUUGGACUUAAGCUCCAAUUUGAUGUAUGGCUCUAUCCCCCCUCAGAUAUCUAGAAUGGUUAAGCUUCAAACUCUAACAUUGGAUGGCAAUUACUUCAAUGAUACUAUUCCUGAUAAUCUGGAUUCCCUAUCAAAUCUUACUGUUCUGAGUUUGAGGGGCAACCGGUUGAAGGGUCAGUUUCCUUCUUCAAUAUGCAGAAUUUCAAGCCUAACAGAUAUUGCCUUGUGCCACAAUAAGCUUUCGGGUAAAUUGCCUGAUUUGAGUUCCUUAACUAGCCUGCGUGUGUUGGAUUUAAGAGAGAACCAGUUGGAUUCCAAACUGCCUGUCAUGCCCCAAGGACUGGUUACUGCUCUUCUUGCUAAGAACUUAUUCUCAGGUGAAAUUCCUGGGCAAUUUGGCACAUUGAGUCAUCUUCAGCACCUUGACUUAUCUUUUAAUCAUCUGACUGGAACACCCCCCUCUGCCUUGUUUGAUUUGCAAAGCAUCAGUUAUUUGAAUUUGGCAUCAAAUACGCUCAGUGGUUCACUUCCAGAGCGUCUAACUUGUGGUAGCAAACUCGGGUUUGUGGAUAUUUCUAAUAACAAGUUGGUUGGUGAGCUUCCUUCUUGCUUGGACGAUAAAUCAGAUAAGAGAGUAGUCAAAUUUGGUAGGAAUUGCUUGUCAAUUGAUGGCCAACAGCAACAUCAAGGUUCACAUUGUAAAGAAGCAAACACGAGGAAAAGUGGAAGAAAGAUAGCAGUAUUAGUUGCUGCUAUUGUAGGAUCUGUUCUUCUUCUGGUCCUUUUGGCAUUUGGCUUUCUUAUUCUGUCUCGAAGAUGCUUCCCAAGGAGGACUUUUGAAACUCGUAUUUGGCAAAAGGCUGUUCAAGACAGUCCAACUAACGGGGUUUCAUCUGAAGUUCUUGCAAAUGCCGGAUUCAUUUCUAAAGUUGUGAAGCUAGGGGUACAAGGUGCUCCAGUAUGUCGACUGUUUUCCUUGGAAGAGUUGAAGGAAGCCACAAAUAGCUUUGAUUCAUCAAUGUUAAUGGGUGAAAGCUCUACUGGGAAGCUAUACAAAGGAAGAUUGGAAAAUGGGACCUAUGUUGCCAUUCGAUCUUUGACAUUACUGAAGAAAUAUUCAAGUCAAAAUCUUAAAGUUAGGCUUGAUUUCUUCUCAAAGCUUCACCAUCCACAUUUAGUAGGCCUUUUGGGUCACUGCAUUGAUGGUGGUGUACAAGAUGAUUCCAGUGCAAACAAAGUCUUCCUCGUAUACGACUAUAUGAGUAAUGGGAAUUAUCGUAUGCAUCUGUCAGAAAAUUGUCCAGAGAAGGUUCUCAAGUGGUCUGAUAGAUUAGCAAUUCUAAUUGAUAUGGCCAAGGCUGUAAACUUUCUACAUACUGGGGUUAUUCCUGGUGUUUAUAAUAACCAGUUGAAGACAAAUAAUAUAUUGCUGGAUGAGCAUCACAUAGCAAAGCUGAGUGACUAUGGGAUGUCUAUCAUCAUGGAAGAAAAUGAAAAACUAGAGGCAAAGGGAGAGGGCUUAAAGUCUAGCCAAAGUAAAAAUUUGGAGGAUGAUGUUUACGACUUUGGAUUUAUAUUACUUGAGUCUCUUGUUGGGCCUAUAGUGAAUGGAAAAGGAGAAACAUUUCUUUUGAAUGAAAUGGGAUCGUUUGACAGCCAGGAUGGCCGAAAGCAAAUUGUGGAUCCAACUGUGUUAACCACUUGCUCACAGGAAUCAUUAUCAAUAGUGGUAUCUAUUACAGGCAAAUGCAUAUGUCCUGAACCAUCAUCUCGGCCAUCUUUCGAGGAUGUUCUUUGGAACUUGCGGUAUGCAGCUCAAGUUCAGGCUGCAGCCGAUGCUGAUCAGAAUUCAGAAGUCUGAUUCUACAUGGUUAUCAUUUGUAUAUGGUUGGUGCUACACCUGCGGACAUUGCUUAGAUAAAGCUCUUGGAAGGUGCUUUAGUGUAUAAAACGAGUUAGGUCUAUAUUGAGCAGCAAUUCCUGAGAAAUAUAAUCCGUAAAUGACAUAAUUUUAGA